CUUGGCGUUGCACCCAGUCGCGAUAGCUGCUAAUGGCAACAAAAAACCGCGUCUUUUCUAAUGCAAGGGUAGUCUCUCGUCAAGGUAUCCUCCAAUCACCCACUCGGAAAUGUACCAACCCAGAGGUUCGCGAUUCCGAACACACUUCACAGCCACGGAAGGCGUUUGGCGACACAGUGGAUUCUGACAGUUCAAUCGAGAUAUUAGAGGGUAACCUGUUCGCACAGAAGAACCUGAAGGGUACAAAGAACUCAAGUGAGAAGCAGCCCAAGCCAAUCCACCCAUUCUUUUUGGAGCAGUCCAGACGUAAAGUCGCCCUUACUUCUGCACUGUCAAAGUCGAAUAACAAGGUGGCAAAUCUCGACGAGAACCAGAGAAGUACAGAAUGCGUUGCGCUGCAACCCGAUAAAGUACUGAAGAGAUCCCUAAAUCACACAAACACUAUGGAGACCGGAAUAUCAAGACGGGGAAUUGCUCCGAAGAAAAUGGGUGGCGACAUUAACAAAGCAGGAGUAUACAACAGCGAAAGCUUCACCAGUAUGACGGUGGCUCGAAGCUCAGGCCCUGGAGGGAAAAUGCCCGAAUCUUAUAAAGGAAAAGGUAGUCGAGUUACAAUGUCCAAGUCGAAGUCGAAGUCCGUUGUCGAAGCAACCUCCUCAAUGCCUAACUUGCCUAACUAUUCCUACGUGGAUUACUGCGACCCCUCACCCACCGUUGUCUACACGCGCUGCGAGGAUGAGGCGAACAAAUUGGUUCAAACACUUGAAAGUCCCCUUGGAUUUGACCUCGAGUGGCGUGUACUCUGGAAUUCCGGUGCCCAGGAACGACGAACAGCACUAGUGCAACUGUGCGAUAAAUCAACUAUCUUGCUGAUCCAGGUGAGCCAAAUGAAACGGUUUCCGGAAAGGGUCUUGGAGGUAAUCGAGUCGCCAAGCAUCGUAAAGACGGGGGCGAACAUCCACAAUGAUGGCGAGAAAUUGUAUCGUGACUUUGGGAUCACAACCCGAGGACUCGUCGAGCUUGGUGCACUUGCGCAUGUCGCAGAUGAUACUUUCUCUAGCAUAUACAAGCGACGAGUAGUCAGUCUCGCCAAGAUGACUGCUAUGUACCUCGAGUACAAUUUAACGAAGAGCAAAGAGCGCACCAAUAAUUGGGAGGCAGACCUGAACGACAAGAUGGUGCAUUAUGCGGCGAAUGAUGCGCAUGCAGCACUGAUGGUGCACCUGAAGCUCCUGGACUUGGCCAAAGCUAGCAACAAAGAACUUGACCCGACCAAGUAUACUUGCUCAGUCGAUCCACCUAGUCUAAGGACGGGUACUACCAAGGUGAUAGCAUCACCUACGCCGCCGGAAUCCAAUGCGCCGAAUUUUCCGUCAUUAGCACCGGCGCCCCCUCGCCCGCAGUACAUGCGGGCUUAUAACCUAUGGCACCACCGGGAUACGCCCCUUGAUAAGAUGUGCGACAUAUUGAAGACAGGUGGUCGAGUAGAGCCUCUGAAAGAGAGUACGGUGAUAUCGUACGUGGUGGGUGCCAUCCAGGCAGAUACGUCGCUGCCGUUCGAUAUGAGUAAGCUGCUGGAGCUGGUGAAGAUGGAAGCGGGAAGUUGGUCACGACAUCGAGCAUGGUUGAUGGAUGCAGAGAGGAGCGGUCGUGGAUGUUGUGUGCCGCUGGAAUCGCUGACUUGUUGAAUAAAUCAACAGGCCGACGGCGGCCUGAGCCCAGGGCUCUGGCCAGAUGCUGGAUGCUCAAGAGUUGGAAGCAGGGGUGGUAGCGGCGCUGCUGCUAUGUCUCUAUGGAGGUGAAAUCGUUGUAUGAAAAGGGUUGCCCAGGAUGGCCGCAUUGAUGAGUAUAUAUGUACAGGUUGUAUGGUACGGGUAGAGAGGACACAGUUGCGAGGCAACCCAUAUUGCAAGAACUCAGGAAGGAGCAACCGUCCUCCUUCUACAUGGUCUAACUAGGGGAAACCUGGGGAG